CUUCAGAUGUACGUGUUGGAUAAUUCCAAGCCUAUCUGGGCAUUGCAGCCAGGAGCUUCUGCAUCCCUCGCUUCCAAAGAGAACCAGUGAAACAUCUUUUUGUUCUUGCAGGUUCUUGUUGAUUGAUCACAAGCAGAUCUUCCACCCUCGGAUCUCUAACUACAAAAGGAACCACUGGCUCAAUGACCUGUAAGGGUCAUUUCAGCACAUCCAUUCUGUCCAUCUCCAAGCCUUCACCAUAGGGAAGAACUUUUGCUCUCAGUCACCUCUCAGAGAGCUCUCUUUAUAGCUGAAGGUCCCUCUCAUGAGUUACAUCAAGAGUAACCUAGAAUUAUACCAGCAAUACACAGCCAUGGCCCCCAAGCUACUGGCCCGCGUCUCCAAACUCCUCAUGAUCUGCCAGAAUGCAGGCAUUUCUAUACCAAAGGGCAUCAGAAACAUCUUUGAGUUCACUUGGGAAGAACUCAUCAGUGACCCUUCAGUGCCUACCCCGUCCGACAUCUUGGGCCUGGAGGUCAGCUUUGGAGCCCCCCUGGUGGUGCUCAUGGAACCCACCUUUGUGCAGGUCCCCACACUGAAGAAGCCACUACCUCCACCACCACCAGCACCACUACAUCCACUGCUGCUGGCAACCACUGCCAAGCGUUCCACCCCCUCUCCCACCAUGGCCCGUCAGGUGCGCGCCCAGCAGGAGACCCUGAACAGGUUUCAGCAGCAGUCCAUCCACCUGCUGACGGAGCUCCUCAAACUGAAGAUGAAGGCCAUGGUGGAGUCUAUGUCGGUGGGUGCCAACCCCUUGGACAUCACCAGGCGCUUUGUGGAGGCCAGCCAGCUCCUCCACCUCAAUGCCAAAGAGAUGGCCUUCAACUGCCUGAUCGGCACAGCUGGGAGAAGUGGCUACAGCAGCGGACAGUUGUGGAAAGAGUCCCUCGCAAACAUGUCUGCCAUUGGGGUGAACUCGCCUUACCAGCUGAUCUACCACUCUUCCACAGCCUGUCUGAGCUUUUGCCUCUCUACUGGAAAAGAAGUCAAGAAGAAAAUAGACAAAUCUAGAACUAUAGAAGACGUCAGCAUGCCGCCCCCGCAUCGAGGAGGCGGAACCCCUGCCAACAGCCUGGAGUUCAGCGACCCCUGCCCUGAGGCCCGCGAGAAGCUGCAGGAGUUGUGUCGCCACAUAGAAGCCGAAAGGGCCACGUGGAAAGGGAGGAAUAUCUCCUACCCCAUGAUCUUACGAAACUACAAGGCAAAGUUGCCCUCUCAUCUAAUGAUGGCCCGCAAAGGAGACUCUCAGACCACCCCGGGUUUACAUUACCCUCCCACCGCAAGUGCUCAGACUCUCACCCCCACACCUCACUCAUCAUCCGCCAACCAUCUCUUCAGUCGGCAUUGUCAAGAGGGGAAGGCGCCCAAGAAGGCCUUCAAGUUUCAUUACACCUUCUAUGACGGCUCCUCCUUCGUUUACUAUCCCUCUGGAAACAUUGCUAUAUGUCAGAUCCCCACAUGCUGCAGAGGGAGAACCAUCACUUACCUCUUUAAUGACAUACCUGGCUUCUCCUUGCUGGCCCUAUUCAAUGCUGAAGGUCAGGGCUGUGUUCACUACAACCUAAAAACCAGAUGCCCAUAUGUCUUAAUCUUGGAUGAGGAAGGUGGGACCACCAAUGACCAGCAGGGCUAUGUAGUCCACAAAUGGAGCUGGACUUCCAGGACAGAGACUCUGCUUUCCCUGGAAUACAAGGUGAAUGAGGAAAUGAAGCUAAAGGUGCUGGGACAGGACUCCAUCACGGUCACCUUCACCUCCCUGAAUGAGACAGUAACACUUGCUGUGUCGGCAAACAACUGUCCUCAUGGAAUGGCAUAUGACAAACGGCUGAACCGCAGAAUCAGCAACAUGGACGACAAGGUGUAUAAGAUGAGCCAAGCCCUGGCUGAGAUCAAGAAGCGGUUUCAGAAGACAGUGACUCAGUUCAUUAACUCUAUCUUGCUGGCCGCAGGUCUGUUUACCAUUGAAUAUCCCACCAAAAAGGAGGAGGCAGAAUUUGUUCGGUUCAAGAUGAAAUCUGGAACUCAUCCCGAGCGGCUCCCCAAGCUACACUCAGGAGAAAAUCUUUUACGAUCUCCGUCAGGCCAACUGGAAUCCUCAGUUGCAGAGACUUUGAAGGAUGAGCCUGAGUCUGCUUCUGUGAGCCCAGUUCGGAAGAAGACCACCAAAAUCCACACCAAAGCCAAGGUCACAUCCAGAGGGAAGGCCCGCGAGGGGCGCAGCCCUACCAGGUGGGCGGCCUCGCCCUCAGACUGCCCACUGGUGCUGCGGAAGCUCAUGCUUAAGGAAGACGCCCGUGCUGGCUGCAGGUGCCUGGUGAAGGCGCCCCUGGUCUCUGACGUGGAGCUGGAGCGCUUCCUGCUGGCACCCCGAGACCCCAGCCAGGUGCUGGUGUUUGGAAUCAUCUCAAGCCAGAACUACACCAGCACUGGGCAGCUCCAGUGGCUGCUGAACACACUCUACAGCCACCAGCAGCGGGGCCGCGGCUCCCCCUGCAUCCAGUGCCGGUAUGACUCCUACCGCCUGCUACAGUAUGACCUGGACAGCCCCCUGCAGGAGGACCCUCCCCUGAUGGUGAAGAAGAACUCUGUGGUGCAGGGGAUGAUUCUGAUGUUUGCUGGGGGGAAGCUCCUUUUUGGGGGCCGUGUUUUGAAUGGAUAUGGCCUCAGCAAGCAGAAUCUGCUGAAACAGAUCUUCCGGUCUCAACAGGAUUGCAAGAUGGGCUACUUCCUGCCUGACGACUACAAAUUCAGUGCUCCCAGCUCUGUCCUGAGCCUGGAGGAUUCUGAAUCAGCCAAGAAAGCCGAGUCAGAAGAUAUCCAAGGAAGCAGCUCCUCAUUGGCCCUGGAAGACUAUGUGGAGAAGGAGUUACCUGUGGAGGCUGAGAAGGCAAAAGAGCCUGAAGUGGAGCUACAUCCUCUCAGGAGGAACAGCAAGGUAACCAGCGGGAAGAAGCAGGCCUCCAAGAAGUAGUGCCAUCCUGGCGGCAGCCAAGUGAGCCAGGCCCCGGACCGGGGUGCCGGGGCUUCCUGCCAGCCCAGCCCUGCCUCCCCGGUCUCCCACCCUGUCCUCCAAGCCUCCGUAAUAAACAAGCGGGCCUCCAGCAUCGGGGUGAGGCUCUGGGGAAGGACAGA